GCAUGCGCACAGGCGAACACGUGGCUGCCGCGGAGCCAGGGCAGCAAUGGCGGCGGGUGGCGGCCGAGUUGCCGACCCCCUGUCCCCGGCAGGGGUUCCCUGCGCCUUCUCCCCGCUGAACCAGGCCUACUUCGCCUUGGCGUCUGCCGACGGUCAGCUGCGAGUGUGGGAGACCGCCAACAAUAGGCUGCACCAGGAGUACGUGCCUUCCGCGCACCUCAGCGGUACCUGCACCUGCCUGGCCUGGGCGCCAGCGCGGCUGCAGGCCAAGGAAAGUCCCCAGAGGAAAAAAAGGAAAUCAGAAGCUAUAGGAACGAGUAACCAGAUUGACUUGUUGGCCCUUGGUACAGCAGUUGGUAGUAUUUUAUUAUACAGUACAGUGAAAGGAGAAUUACACAGUAAAUUGAUAAGUGGUGGACAUGACAACAAGGUCAACUGCAUACAGUGGCAUCAAGAUAAUGGUUGUUUGUAUAGUUGUUCAGAUGAUAAAUAUAUUGUGGAAUGGAAUACACAGACAUGCAAAGUAAAGUGCAAAUGGAAAGGCGACAAUAGCAGUGUCAGCUCCCUGUGUAUUAGCCCAGAUGGAAAGAUGUUGCUUUCAGCUGGCCGAACAAUCAAACUGUGGGUUUUGGAGACCAAAGAAAUCUACAGACACUUCACAGGCCAUGCAACGCCAGUUUCAUCACUUACCUUCACUACUAUCAGACCUCCUAAUGAGAGCCAGCCGUUUGAUGGAAUCACAGGUCUUUAUUUCUUGUCUGGAGCAGUGCAUGACCGGUUACUCAACGUCUGGCAGGUCCGGUCAGAAAACAAAGAAAAGAAUGCAGUGAUGUCUUUUACAGUUACAGAUGAACCUGUGUAUAUUGAUUUGGCUUUGUCAGAAAAUAAAGAAGAGCCUGUCAAGUUAGCUGUUGUUUGCAGAGAUGGUGAAGUUCAUCUUUUUGAACACAUAUUAAAUGGAUACUGCAAAAAGCCUUUGACUUCAAACUGCACAAUUCAGAUAGCAACACCUGGGAAAGGCAAGAAAUCAACACCAAAACCCAUCCCUAUUCUAGCAGCUGGUUUUUGCUCAGACAAAAUGUCAUUGUUGCUUGUAUAUGGGAAUUGGUUUCAGCCCAUCAUUGAGCGAGUGGCUUUAAGUUCCAAAGAACCUCAUAUGUGUUUAAUAAGAGAUAUUUCAAACUGCUGGGCCCCCAAAGUAGAAACGGCUAUAACAAAGGUGAGAACACCAGUGAUGAAUUCUGAAGCAAAAGUUUUGGUGCCAGGGGUGCCUGGUCAUCAUGCAGCCAUCAAGCCUGCUCCUCCACAAACUGAGGAAGUAGAGAGCAAGAGGAAAUUGGGGGAAAAUGAGGUUAGCAUUGAAGAACGCCUGGGAGCACUGGAUAUAGAUACAAAGAAAGAAAAGGUUGACCUUCCACAGACAAAUAGCUUUCCAGUUCUUCUCACACAGGGUUUAGAAAGUAAUGAUUUCGAAAUGCUAAAUAAAGUACUUCAAACUAGGAAUUUAAACCUAAUUAAGAGGACUGUAUUAAGGAUGCCCCUGCAUGCUGUUAUUCCAUUGUUACAAGAGCUUACGAAGAGAUUGCAGGGACAUCCUAAUAGUGCUGUGUUAAUGGUUCAGUGGCUCAAAUGUGUGUUAACGGUCCAUGCAUCCUAUCUAUCCACAUUGCCUGAUCUGGUACCCCAGCUGGGAACACUAUACCAAUUAAUGGAAAGCAGAGUAAAAACUUUUCAGAAACUCUCACAUCUUCACGGAAAGCUUAUUCUUCUAAUCACUCAAGUUACAGCAUCAGAAAAAACAAAGGAAAUGACUUGUCCUGCGCAAAAGGCAAAAUUGGUGUAUGAGGAAGAAUCUUCUGAAGAGGAGUCAGAUGAUGAAAUUGCAGAGAAGGACUCUGAUGAUAACUGGGAUGAAGAUGAGGAGGAGAAUGAAAGUGAAAAAGAUGAGGAUGUUGAUGAAGAGAACGAAGAAGAAGAGGAAGAUGCUGAGGAAAAAGAUGAGGAGAAUGGGGAGGACAGGGAUGUGGCCAGUGAGAAAGAAUUAAAUGGAGAUUCUGACUUAGAUCCUGAAAAUGAAAGUGAAGAAGAAUGAGGAUGGAGAACAAGCUGAUGGACCUCUGUCACUUCUGGCACGCGCCUUCCCCCAUGCUGCCGACUUCUCCUGGGAAGGGUUGUCUCUGGGACAGGCGCCAGGGACUGUUGCACAUAUCCAGAUUCCUCGUGCUGGUCCCUAUGCCGUCUCGCUGUCCUGAGCACCCCAGACUUCACUGUGUAAAUAAGAGUGUUUCCUUCAAAUGUUAAUAAACUUUACACAGCAAAUAGACACAUUUUCUGCAAUGUACUGACAUGAGUGUCCAAUAUUUGGUAUAUUUUUAUAAUAUAAUAUCCCAGUAUGGUUGGUUCUAGCAAGAAUUGACAUAAGUGAAGACACACAUUUCCCAUGUAGGGUUUCAAGAACUGGACUUUUGUGAAGGAGUCAGCUCUUAUCUCAGGUUGGUAUCUUUCAUCAGAUCCAGAUAUGAAGCAGCACUAGUGAAAAUUUUUAAUUUAGUACAUUUUCAUAAAAUAUGAAAGGGUAACUAAAGAUUUGGAGUAAAAAAAGGUUGGGAUUUAAGAGUUAAAUAUCAGUAUCCCUAGCUUAUCUAUUAAUGGAGGUGAUCUGAUUUGAGUCAGGUUGAAUAUUUGGAGUGCUUCCCCCAAACAGCCACUUAUUUUUUAACCUGUCAUGUGGAAUAUUUUUUUAAAACACACAAAAAAUUAUGGUAAUUAAAAAACUAAAGAAUUAGCCAUAUUAAGGAUUUUUCUUGACUGCAAGUUGCCUGUAAAGAAUCAUCAGUGUAUAGAUUUAGAAGUACUCAUUACCUGCAACUUUUUAAAGAAUUCAGUUAUAGCUGCUUUUGAAGAGGUUUUCAUUUUUAUUUAAAUUACUAAUGGAUCAAAGAACAAUUGUUUAUUUUUUCUCUUUGGUUUUAGAUAUUAAUGAUAACCUUGUUGGAAUUUUUUUCCAAAGAAAAUAUUUUUAUAAUUCAGUAAUUUAAUGUUUUCCUUUUCAUUAUCCACUCUUGGCAGUGUUAGGAUAUCUGUUUACCUUUAAAAUAAUAAAUCUGACUCAAGAUUUUUUAUGUAUGUAUAAAUAAGUAUUUUGGUGUGCUACAAAAGCCUCAUAUUAUCAGUUUUUUUUUAAAUGAGCCAGUAUUUGUUUAGUGCUCACUAGGGAACAUGCAGAUGGAAGCUCAACUCUAAGGGAGGGCAGGGGAGAUGGGUUUAUUUUUACCACCUGUGAAUAUGUAAAACACAAAAACCAUUAUCUCUGAGGGACUUUUUAACAUCAGUGGCAGAACAGAGAUUUCUGUGCUCUACUCAUAGAGCUGGAGCCACACAAGCAUCUUGGGAAAGUAAGUUUGAGCCAGCUACUGGUGUAAUGUACAGUUAUAUUUGUCUAUAAAUGGAACUGUUUAUGACAAUUUAAUACCAUUCUCUUUGUAAAGUGAAUAAAUAUUCAUCUUUACCCA